CGGCUAAGGGCGUCGGAGCAGACGGCCGGGACCCUGCGCCUGAGGGAGCGCCGGCAAUGAGCGGCGCGGAGGAGGAGGAGAAAGCGGCCGGGAGCCGGCGGGUGUCGGGUGCCAGUGAUGCCUCCCCAGAUGAAGGGGUCGAAGCAGAUCUGCCCGUUAUAGAUGAGAGAGCAGUGGAGCAGCUGACUGAAGGGCUGAUUUCUCACUAUUUGCCUGAUCUUCAGAGAUCCAAAUCAGCUCUGCAGGAACUUACACAGAACCAAGUGGUAUUACUAGAAACAUUAGAACAAGAAAUUACAAAAUUCAAGGAGUGUAACUUCAUAAUUGACAUCAAUGCCUUGUUUACAGAAGCUAAACACUAUCACAGCAAGUUAGUGAAUAUCAGAAAUGACAUGAUGAUGCUCCAUGAGAAGACAUCUAAGUUAAAAAAAAGAGCACUUAAACUACAACAAAAGAAGCAGAAAGAAGAACUGGAAAGAGAACAGCAACGUGAGAAGGAGCUAGAGAGAGAGAAGCAGCUAACAGCAAAACCUGCAAGGAGGACGUGAAAGCAGAGCAUGCAACAACUUGUCCAAAUUAAUCAUUUCUGCAUUCUCUGGAAUUAAGGCAAACUUUGAUUAAACCAGGCUAUAGUUAUUACUAACAACAGUCUACUCUGGUGUUAUAAAUUCCAGAAUGGUAAUAAUCAGAUUCAAAUUUUUCACUUCAGUCAUUCAGGUUGCCUUCUUUUGUAAAGCUAUGCAGUUUGAUACUAUUACAGUAUAAGUUAAUUUUAUGUAUAAAUAUAUAUAUGUAUAUUGGAGAACCUAGGCAUCGUGGGUAUUUAAAUCUCUAUAACUGAAAUAUCUGGUGCUUAGAAUUCUGAGAGCUGUUUGAUGAUGGGCAUAUUUAUGUUCCAGACAAAAUACGGAGUCGUAGCUGUUAAAGUUCAAUGCUGGUACCUGGACUGCAGAGCCCAUCUGUUAUACCCAAUCUGCAUUGAUUCUGGCAGUUGUAAUUUCUUUUCAAUGCCAUGAAUCAGAAAUAGACUUUUUUUUUUCCAACUUUGAUUUAGUUGCUUAUUGGUUUUUCCUUUUGUGUGAGUAAUUGAGCUGAACAAUUUCAUUUUUAUGUGGAAUUCAGUUAUUUGUAGGAAAAGUUAGUGCAUUUUUUUUCAUUUAUUCAUGUGCAUUUGUGGGCUAUGUGAGCUAAUGUUGUAUGCUGUCCUUCCUUAAAAUGAUUAUUAUUAAUGAACGUGAUGAUAAAUAUUGUAUGGCUGUUGAUAUCAUUUCUCUGAAUUGAAUUAUUUGCAGCACUUUGUGUGAACUCCUUGGACUCAGGGCCUGGACUCUACUGUGCUGCAUUUUUUUCUGAAGUCCUAAUUUCUACUUGUAAGACUUUUUUUUUUUUCUUU